AUGCCUGAAACGAGAUAUGUAACCCUGGAUGAUCUGUUGAUCAGUAAUUUUGCUGACUCCUUUGCACGACAUUAUAGCUAUGAGUGCAAAGCAACGACCCAGGAACGGCCAUAUACGGCUCGGCCCUCAAGGACCCAACAAUUGCUGAAUCCCCGGCUGGUGCCCAAGCUCUCGGAGGACGUGCCUACCGAUGUGCAGACGACCGGUAUAGCAGACGAGAUCCUAGCAAAACGCGAGGCAGAGCGUGGCCGGAAGAGAGACCAUGAUAAAGAUGACGAAGACCGCUACGGCCAGUCUCCAAAGCGAGCAAGGUCUCUCUCUACAGAUUCUGCAGAUUCAAUUUCAACAAUAUCGACAAAUCGAUCUGCAUCUGCGUCACCAAAGCGCCACAGCAGACAUAGCUCACGUGCCAAUGGCCGCCGCAGCUCGGCAUCACCACCCCCAGGUGAAACUCGCAAGAGGAGGUACAGCGAUGCUUCGGAUGGUUCUUCCGCAAAAUCGUACUCUUCAGGUGAUAGGCAACGAUCGAGAUCGAGAUCCAGGUCCAGGGAAUGGACCGAGGAUAGGAAUAUUCGACGACGACGCCGGGAGAGCAGCCCAGAGGAACGCGGAAGGAACCGUGAUUCAAAGAAGCAUGAGCCUCGGAAAACCGACCGACGCAGCCAGAGCGCGGAUAAGAGUCGAAUCGCAAAAGCGCGCCGUUCUAUGACACCGGAUGCCACCUAUGAUCAUUCGGAAAAACGCUCAUACCGAGACCGAGAACCUCUACAAGGGCCAUCUCAAUCAGGACGGUCUAGGCAGGAUCCCAGGGUUCGUGGAGGGCCACCCCGUGAACGAAGUAUGAGUCCUUACAGCAAACGUCUUGCGUUGACGCAAUCCAUGAAUCUGGGACGGUAG